UAAAUCUUACAUAAGUUCUAAAAUAUAUACAACAAGAAAAAUGGUUGCAUCUUUCGACCAAAAAAAAUCAUUGGUUCUUUUGAUGGUUUUACUUUUUCUUUUUGUAUCAUCAUCAUAUGCAAAGUUUAGUAUGAUGGUUACAAAAAGCGAGAUCGACACCAUAUGCACCGAAGAAAAUAUGAAUUCUUCGUUUUGUUUUGAUUUUUUUAAAACAACUCCUGAAGUAGCCAGAUUAGAUUAUUCAAAUCUCAUAAAAUAUGUGAUCAAUUAUCAAACUCGGUACAUUUCAGAUACGGUGAAGCUUUUCAAGCUAUCUGGAGGCUAUUCGAAAGAUAUUAAUUCUACAUAUCACGUGUGCGUAGAAGUAUAUGAAUUGGCUAUCAAUAAACACGAUGCUUCCCUCCGAUAUUUGGCUGCCAAAGACUAUCAGAGCUUAAACAUCGUGGUCAGUGGAACGAUGACCGAUGUCCGUACAUGUAUUGAUGAGGAUUUGUCAAUAAUGAAGCCAGUACCACAACUCUUUAUGACUAGAAGUGAUGCCAUUAAAGACUUGUCUCUCGUUAUCUUGGUGGUUCUAGAAUGUUUUAUAAGAAAAGAUCCUGAACUAUGUCCUUAACCCAUUCUAUAAUAAUAUUGUGGAAGUAUCCUUUUUAAUAUAUAAAUAAGUAAUAAAGACAUUAAAAAAGAAUUAUCGA